AUGUCAAAACAUCUAUACGCCCUACCCACAGCAGCAACAGCAUCAGGCUCAUCAUCAACCAACCACGGCCAUGGAGGCGGACAGACCAGCAACCCAGCCCACUCGAUCUCUCGAUCCACCUCGCCCAGCAGACACAUCCCAUCAUCCGCCUCCCUCCUGCCCUCUGGCCCCUUCGCCAGACCCCGCUCCGGGCCUGACAAGCUCAAGAAACUGCUCUCCAGACUGCUCAAGCCCAGUCGAUGGCCAACGAUGGACUUCGAACUCGCCGCAUGGCAGAUGAGCUAUCUCUGUAUCGCACCGAGAAGAGUAUAUCGGAACGUCUAUUACCACAAACAGACUAAGAACACGUGGGCAAGAGAUGACCCAGCGAUCCUGAUCCUCCUGAUAGGAUCGAUGGCCUUCGUCGGCUUCCUCUGGAACGCACUCUAUCUACGCUCGUGGAGUCCGAUCAGCUGGCUCGGCUUGGUCUCCCGAUUCAUCUUGAGGGACUUCUUUCUCAGCGGCUUAAUCAUCAGCACUCUUCUCUGGGCGCUGUCGAAUCAUUUCUUUACUCAUUCAUCUCAUACUCAUGCGACCGAUCAGCGGGUAGAAUGGCAAUACGCAUUUGAUAUCCAUACAAACUCAUUCUUCCCCCUCUUCCUCAACCUCUACGUCCUCCAACUCAUCCUCGCCCCCUUGGUCCUCCGCCAUAAUUGGGUCUCGCUUUGGAUCGGUAACUCGUUAUACUUGAUUGCAGUAACGCAAUACAGUUAUGUGACUUAUUUAGGAUACAACUCUUUACCAUUCCUCAUCAAAUCCGAGAUCCUGCUGAUCCCGAUCCUAGCCUACACCGUCUUAUAUUUCAUCAGCUUAUUAGGCUUUAACCUAGCCUCACACGUCUUAACCUAUUACUUCUCUUCCUUCUUCUUUCUCCCCUCUCCCAUCCCCCCUCCAACAACACCCCUUUAA